GGGUGCUGAACAAACUUGUUUCACAGCUCGGAGAUGCGUGCAGAUGACAUUGCAGUCAACACAGCCGCAACGCAGGGAGCCUUCUGCACAGCGCACCGUUUUGCCGUCAUCAGAAGGCGUCGACGUUGCCCCGAACGACAGGACCAUGGCGCUGAGGAGAAUUUCAGUCGGGACGCUGGGUCUCAGGAGGCUGCAGUCGGAAAGCUUUCGACGUGCCCGGGCUUUGGCGACCUCAGCGAGGGCUCGGGGGCAGUGUGAAGCUCUGGUGUAUCACAAGCACGGUGAUCCACUCAACGUUAUCCAGCUCAAGAAUGUCAAACUUUCCCAGCUUGGUGAUUCUGAUAUCCGAACCCAAAUGUUAGCAGCACCCAUUAAUCCAUCAGACAUUAACAUGGUGCAAGGUACCUACCCUAUUCUUCCUGAUCUUCCAGCUGUUGGAGGCAAUGAGGGUGUAGGACAAGUUCUAGAGACAGGCAGUAAAGUGACUAAUGUGAAGCCAGGAGACUGGGUGAUACCAUCUGAUGCAGGGCUAGGAACGUGGAGAAUGGAAGCAGUGGGCAAUAUGAAUACUUUUAUUAAAGUUCCAAAUGUCAUCCCUCUUCUAUGUGCAGCCACUUUGAGUGUCAACCCAUGUACCGCAUACAGAAUGCUGUACGACUUUGAAUCUUUGAAGCCUGGUGAUUCUGUGAUACAGAAUGCUGCUAACAGUGGUGUGGGCCAAGCAGCAAUUCAGAUAGCCAAAGCUAUGAGAUUAAAGACCAUCAAUAUUAUCAGAGAUAGACCAGAUGUACAGCAGUUGACAGACAGUCUGAAGGCAAUAGGAGCUGACUAUGUGGUCACAGAGGAGGCACUCAGAAAACCAGAAAUGAAAGAAUUAUUUAAGAAAGUUCCAAGACCUCGUCUAGCUUUGAAUGGUGUAGGAGGCAAAAGUGCUACAGAGAUGCUACGGCAUUUAGAGAAAGGAGGGACUAUUGUGACGUACGGUGGAAUGGCAAAACAACCUGUCACAAUUCCAGUGAGUACACUAAUUUUCAAAGAUGUUAAAAUCCGUGGGUUCUGGAUGACACAGUGGAAACGAGAUCAUGGGAAUGAUUUGCUGAAGGAAAUGAUCUCCCAGUUGUGUGGCUUCAUUCAAGCAGGGAAGCUGAAGGCACCAAAUUGCACUGAGGUUCAAUUCCAGGACUAUCAAACUGCCCUCAAAGCUGCUACCACACCAUUUAUAUCAAGCAAGCAGAUUCUAAUCAUGUGAUGUUUUUCCUUACCUGUAAAUAAUCUAUCACAGAAUUCCAUAUCUGAUAUUUUCAGAAAGAACAUGCUGUAUUUUCAGCUUUAUUCCAUCCAGUCUGAAAUAUGAACUCUCCACCAUAGCUUAAUAUUUCAUAAAUAUAGAAAUGGGAAAUGAACUGGAUCUAUACAAUGAAAGUACGACUUUGUAUCAUGUAAAUUGUGUCACUUUUUCUUUCUCCCUGUGCUUUGUCUUGACAAUAGCCUUGUAAUCACGUGAGUUCUUGCAGAUGCGACUCAAGUUCUGUUUUAAUUUUGGGUUUAUGAUGAACAUAAAUAGA